AUGGCAGGACUGCAAACUUUCCUCCUCUGGCUCUGCCUUGCGUUGGCGCUGCAUCUGCGGCUGACGGUGGUACAAGUUGCGGCGGUUGAAGCACCGGCAACCGUCACCAUAGGUGGGAUCUUCUCCAGUAGAAACACGAUGGAGGAAGACGCCUUCCGAUUCGCCGCCAAGUUCAUCAACAAACGGCGGGACAUCCUGCCGGACACCGCCCUGACUGUGGUCACCAACUACACGGAGGUGUUCCAGACCUUCCAGUGCAUGCAGGCAGCAUGUUACCUCGCCGAGCAGGGUGCCGCUAUCAUCGUGGGUCCACGGAGCUCCACGGCGGUCAAAACCGUCAACAACGUGUGCUCAGGUCUGCACAUCCCGCACAUCGCACCUGUGGCGACCGACCCGCUACUGGGAAACCAGAGGAUGUAUCCGUACCUACUGCGCAUGUCCUCCCCUGACACGGAGCAGAGUCGCGCGCUGAUCGCCCUCGUCAAGCAUUUCGGCUGGACGCGCAUGUGCAUUCUGACGUCACUCAACGAUUACGGCAUGAACGGCGUUGUCGAGUUCCAGUCUGUGGCGGCGAGUUACAACUGGGACGUGGUGAGUGUUCAGCAGUUCCAGGUCAACAGCGACCCCUCGCAGAUAGACGUGAGACUGCAGCUGCAGAAGAUCAAAGGAACAGGAGUUCGUGUGAUCAUCCUGAACUGCCUGGCUAUCCACGGGAUGAGAGUGUUGGAGCAGGCGGAGAAGAUGGGCCUGACGUGGCGGGGCUGGGCCUGGAUCGUCACCGACGGUUUCACGGGGAUGGCUGAGGUGACUGCGAAGAAGCCCAUCCCACACUACCUGCAGGGCCUGGUGGGGACCCGGCCGGCGCCCGGGCGGGGCGGUCUGUACGAGACCUACCUGGAGGCCUGGAGAUCGUCACCUGAGUACAGCGGCUAUCCACGGGACGGGGAGGGACUGGAGCAGUACCCAGGGUUGUUUGCUGACGCGGUGUUCACCUUUGCGUACGGCCUGGACGCCAUGAUCAAGAACCGCACCGAGGUCGUGCCGAGGAGCCUGAGCUGCCGGGCUGUUCCUGUACAGACCUGGAAACCGGGACAAGCGAUCAUGGACUACAUGAAGAAGGUUGACAAAGACGGUGUGAUGAAACGUCUUCGCUUCAGUCCCGAGGGGAAACCGGCGUUUGCCCUGUACGACUUCGUCAAUCUCAGAGAAGAUGGAUGGAGAAAGAUCGGUUCCUGGAGUCAGGAAACCCUGCAGUUCCCGCUAAACUCGUCAGUGGCGUUCAUGAGCGGAGCCGAGACUGUUCAAGAUUUCGUCACUGACCUGCGCAACCGUAGUCUGAAAGUGGUGACAAUUCUUGAGCCUCCCUUUGUGAUGGAGAAGGACGUGGAUGAGCACGGCAUCAAGCUGGUCGGGAACGACAGAUUCUACGGAUUUUGUGUUGACUUGUUGAAGCGGCUGGGCGACGACUUAGGCUUCCGCUACGAGAUAUAUGUGGUCGAGGAUAACACCUUUGGCAUGAAGGAUCCAAUAACCGGCAGAGCCAAUGGCGUCAUCAGAGACCUGAUAGAAAAGAAAGCCGACCUGGCCGCGGCCUCCCUCACCAUCAGCUUCCAGCGCGAGAAGGACAUCGACUUCACCAAGCCGUACCUGGACCUGGGUCUGACCUUCAUCAUGAGCCGGGAGAAGCGGGACGACGAUCUCUUCAAGUUCCUGGAGCCGUUCGAGAUCCGGCUGUGGAUCUACAUCGCCGUGGCUACCGUCGCCGUGGCGCUGUUCCUGGCACUGGUCAACAGACUCAGUCCUUAUGACCAUCGGGGAAGGGCUGCCCGGAAGGGACAGGUUCUCCCGCCCAUCGCCAGCCAGGAGCCGCCCAACCCCAUGGGCGUGGCGAACGCCGUGUGGUUCUCCAUCGCGUCACUCUUCCAACAGGGACCGGAGACGUACCCACACUCCCCUUCCGGCCGGAUCACGGCGUCCUUGUGGUGGUUCGUGGUGGUCAUCAUCAUCGCGACCUACACGGCCAAACUGGCGGCCUUCCUCACCAUCAGCCGCAUGGACCAUCCCAUCAACUCGGUAGAAGCCUUGGCCAACCAGGUAGACGUGGCUUACGGCACUGUGUCCAACUCUCAACCCGCCGACUUCUUCCGCUCGUCCAGCGUCAAGACGUUUCAGACCAUGGCUGAGUUCAUCGCCACCAACGAUCUCUACUUGGACUCCUCCGCUGAAGGAAUCGAAAAGUCCAGAAAGGAAAAGUUUGCCUUCAUCUGGGACAGUGCCGUGCUGGAUUACGUGGCUAACCGCGCCCCUUGCGACCUGAAGACGGUGGGCAGGCUGUUCGGGAAGAUCGGGUACGGCUUCGGGCUGCAGAAAAGCUCCCCCUACACCGACCAGCUGUCCGUCAACAUCCUGCGGCUCAGGGAGUCCGGCUUCAUAGACGCCCUGACGGAGAAGUGGUAUCAUGACGGGAGCUGUGAGCCCGAUGAGAACGUGGUUGAGGAAGUGCAGGGCACCAUCGUGGUGGGGCACAUGCUGGGCGUGUUCUACGUCAUCUACGGCGGCAUGGCCGUGAGUCUGGUGGUCCUGAUGUCUCUCCCUCAAAUCUUCCACGCCCAGUUUAAGAAGGUAUGGCGGGGUAGGAAGGCGCUGAGCACUUCUCACCCGAGACAUGACGGACAGCCGUGCGACGCCAGGAAGCUGGGCUGCAUGCACUGCUGCGUCCUGGACCCCAAGGGCGCCAACUUCAAGUGCGUCUGUGUCAAGGAGCAGGAGAAAGAUCGCAGCCCCAAGAAGGAGAUAGUCCUGGAAGUGAUGGCCCCAAACGGCGGGACCGAUAGUGGAAAGGGAGCGACAUCCCAAUGACUGGAGCUUAACACUAGCCACGAAAGGCGACCUACAUGUACAUGGUCUCCUUCUUUCCAGGGAAGCUAACGAACACGCAGUAUCUACUUAGUGGAUUCAUUCCUUAAGCUAACCGAUAUCUAGCACAUCGCAGCAGCCUACCCCAUUGCGGUAUGGACAGGAAAGGUAUGAAAGUCAGAACUUUGUGAACGUGUGCCAUUUAGUCUCUGUACACUUGAAGAAGCCCACAUGGUAAAACCGGUCAUGACAGGAUGAAUAAAUGUUCUUUACGGGAACUAUAUGGCUCCAGAUGUCUUUCUGUGGGACGACUGUGGUGUGCUAGAUGUCGGUUAGCUUGAGGAAUGAAUCCACUCUACUAUACACUGAACACGCAGUAUCUAGCAAUAUCUCCGUCUCAUAAACAUUUGACUAUCCUCUGGAAUGUGGUAGUAUUGGUGAGACUUCGUUGUUUUAAACAUCUCUAUUGUGAAAACGUAAUUAAAAAUCCAGAAGGGUCAACAUUUCAAUACGGAUCUGUCAUUUUUAACGGGAAAUCUGCGAUGCAACCGUUCACGUUUUGACCACUGCAGGUUCUAAGGCUGCUACGUGAGGCUUCUCGGUCAUCUGUUUGAUCCGUUGCUUAUAGAUAUGAUGUAAAUAUGAAUAUAUAUAAAGAUCGAUAUGUGAAGGCAAACGCUGAAAUAAACCCGCCUAUUGAAAAAAUGCUCCAAAGUCUUGUCCAGAUACCACGAAAACCGAAAUAAAAACCUGUUUUACUACAAAGCAGAAACCAGAAACUAAUCUAUUCGAGCCCAAUUACUGGCAAACCCCGUUCACGUGCACGGUGCAUGUCUACUCAACUUCUAGCCAAUCACAGCCCUCCGAUUGUAGCAAUGUUCUCGUGCUCUAAUACUGAGUCAGACGACAUUUUGGUCGUUUCAGGAGUAAAACCGUUGUCGAACGAACUUUCAGAUUUUAAGCACUGUUCUUGUCUUUAGAGCCUUCCAAGAUAUGACAUGACAAAGAACACGCAUAGAGACGUUUAAAACGGAUCAUUAUGCUAAAAAAAACAUCGUCCCUUUUGCCUGAAACCUCCAUCAUUAGUACAGUCCACAUGACAAUCAAGAGCCGCGUUAUGUCUUCAGAACAAUAUUGUAUGCGGCUCAUCACAUAUUGAAAGCAAUAUCGUGUGGCUCAAAGCCCAUAACACGAGAGCUGACUUAAAACUUUACCAAUGUCACAACUAUCUCAACAAUAAUUAGACAGUAGAGUAGGACUUUAACGUUUUUCAUCCUAUAUAUAUACAUAUAACGUUAUAUAUAUAAAAAGAGAGACCAAAUAUACAAAUAAUAGAGAUACAGAGCACUGCACCUUGUGGUUGUUGGACGUGUGUGAAAAAUCACCUGUACACUCCCUACACCCCUCAGAUAUAGCCUGCCUCUGUGUAAUGUAUAAAUCAUGACUAGAAAACUACUGUACAAACCAUAGGAAUUAGGCACGAUGAUCAAUGUAUUCAUCGUUUACAACAUAAAAAUGCCAGAAGAGUCUAUUGCAACAGAUUUACAAAAAAAGUGACCCGCCCAAUAUAUGACAAACUUUGGUUUCAUUAGCAUGUAUUGUUUGACUAGUGCCAAAUCGCACGAACGUAAGAAACUUAGAGAGACCAUUAUGUGCACCUUAUCACAUAACGUAGAGUUAAGGAGUAUCUAUUAUGCCGAUUGCCUAUAUUCUGUAUCUGUAUAGCCGUUAUAACCGCCCUUCGG